GCUUCCUGACUAAAUCAGACUCGCUGUUUCGAGCUUCUGGACAGCGUUCAAAUGUCAUCAUGAGGAUCUUUCAGCUUCACGUUUAUCUACUUGUGUGCUGUGGAGCUGCAGAAGGUUUCAUCGAGAAGUCGGUGGAUUUGGGACAAAGUGUGACUCUAAAGUGUGCGGUGACUGGAAGUGAUGUGUUCUGGUUCCUGAUGAAGCCGUCAGAACCUCCAGUUUAUAUAUUACGUUCUUACUCAAGGCUGUCCCUGAGGGCAGACUACAGUAAUACGACCUUCAGCAAGACUUUCUCACUGCAAUAUAACAGCAGUUUAUUUAUUCACAAUAUCAGUACUAAUGAAUUAGGAGUGUAUUAUUGCAUUCAGUCUGGUUCACCUCCCGACAUCAGCAGUGGAAUCAGACUUUACAUCCAGAAUCACUCAGCUGAGAAUCAGUCAGUCAGUACACCUGGAGAAACCUGGAAAACCUUCGUUCCCAUUCUCACCAUAUUAGUAAUAAUGAACCUGGCUCUGGCUGUUACAGUUACAGUUUUUACAGUUCGUCACUGCAGAAGAUCUCCAAAAGCUCCAGCACAAGCUCCAGAUCCUGGUUUACAACUGUGUCAGGACGCCAGCCUUGUGUAUACUCAGGUGCAGUACGUACUGAUGAAAGGAUGCAUCAGGACAACUGAACUCAACAGCACGCGCUCCUGCAGCCCGUGAACCCGUGACCCGACGCAACACGUGGACUUCACGAAGGUCAUCACAGGCAGAAAGAAGCCCCGCUCCUACAGCUACUGAUAUGUAAUGGACAAUUCACACGAGUCAUUUUGUAAAACCAGACGAAUUGAUUCAAAAGCAUGAACAAACCUUUUUAGAGGCCUAAAUUUAUAGAAGAGGCCUAAAGUGCUUUUCGAGUUGUGAAUUAAACCUGGAGUCACUUAAGGAGACCAUCUGGAAGAUUUGAAUAAGUGAGUCAUUGGACUGAAGUGAGUCGUGAUUCAGACACUUAAGGGUUCCGAGUAGAAUGUCAGCCAUUUUGAGAAACAUUUAAAAAAAGGAAGGAGGGGGCAAGCGUUGUGGUCCCGCUGGCCAUGAGAUUUCCCAGAAUGCACUGACAGUGUUUCAGUUUAAACCCUGAGGUACCGUUAUCCUGCGGUUCGACUGGCCUCGAUGGUGUGGGAAGUUACAUCAUUUCAGACUUCUGUGCAUUUGAGCUACAAAGUUGGGAAGAAACCACAGACGUCUCCAUGCCAGCUAACUGCAAUGUAAAGCAAUGUAUAGUUAGUGUUAUAGAUUUAACAAAUUGAUCUAAAGUAAAUACCUGUAUACACUCAUUUAAAAGUAAGAAUUUGUUUGAAGCUGCCAUUUUGAUUUGCUGUUACUUGCUAAACUCGAGGUCCAGGAGACGGAAUUGAGUCGAGGAACAUUUUCCUUAGUCAGAGAUUAGAAAUGAUGUUUUUGACUAAAGGUCAUCACUCAGCAUUGGCGUUACACCUUUUGUUCACUUGUUCUGUUCAUCCUGCAGAGUUUUAACAAGCUACUUAUAUUGUUCUCGUUUUCUUAUUGAGCACAAGUCACACAUCCUGUAAAAAUAUAUAUAUAAAAAAAAACUAAUUUAUUAAAUUCCCUUCGGUUGUAUGGAGCUACAUGCAGCUCUUCAGUGACUGAACACUGGAACGUUAUAUGAGCGGCCAACGUGGAAAGAGGCGGAGUCAGUUAACUGGUUACUUGAUUACACAACCCAAGCCCCGCCUCCCAAAGUUUGAACUGCAGCAGUGAUGCAGGUAAUAUAUUAGCAUUUUCAACUAAGAUUUUUAAACACUGACUAUUUUAAAAUAUUUUGUUUCAAGGUGAGAUGAAGCAAAUCUAAAUUAAAUGCUUUUAAUGGGAAAUUAUACUGAAACCUCACCUACUGUAACCUUUAUAACUGGGAAACAAUUACUCUAAACAUUGUGAGUCUGCGAUACGGGUAUUGUUAAAGAUUCGUGCAUUGUGCUCAGCUCUCUCUUUUUUUCCCCCCCUCAUCUGUGGUUUUUGCACCACUGCGCAAGAUUGAGUUGAAGGCAGUCUGGCCUUGGAGGAAGUGGCAGAAAGGGCUUUGCUACGUGUGAAUUGUGGCUGAAGUGUAUUGAGUCUCCUUUUUGAAUAGUUUCUCAUUAAUUUCUUAAUCUUUUACUGAACAUGAGUUUAAAAAAAAAAAAAAGUGAUUCUUUGAGUCAGGCUCGUUUGAACACACCACUGAGUCGUACUCAUGAGAAUUCAUGUUAAGUCACGUGAUUCAACCACAAACUCUCCAGAAUAUAUUAGUGAAAAGUGAUAACAGUUUCUGAGAAUUCUCACUUCAAAAGAUCAGAUUCUUAGACAUGAUGACUGGUGGAAAAGGGCUGUAGUGUGUUUGUGGGUUUGGUACGAGCUUGUCCUCGAAAACCAAAGUUCCUUUUAGACAAUAAAUAGCAUGUGACCCUGACAGAAGCCAUUCUCCACUUUUAUCUGUAAUUCAUCAGCAAGUUUUAUUUCGGCUGAACUUCAGUCAUAUGAUUGAUGGAGGAGAACAGGGGAAAAAAAAAUUUCAGAUGAACAUAGCCAGGGACGGAGGAGAGCUGAGAAACUAAUCAAGAUCAAACAUUUCAUAAAAUAUCUCCUCAAUCAUUUUGUUCUUUUGUCACUGUGACUCACUACUACAUGUCAUAAAAUAAACAUUAUCAGUUGUAACCAAUUGUCUGAUUUUGCAUGUAUAUUUUUUUUUAUUAUUUCCAAAUAAAAUCAUGUCUGAU